ACAGAUGGCACUGUACGACAUAUAAAUUUAAUAUAAAUUGCGUGGAAGUCGUAAACAUAUAAUAAGCAAUAGAGUUUCUUAUACACGUAAUAUGUUAAAAAAUCACGAAUAGAAUUAUAAAAGUAUAUAUGACUUUUAUUGCCAAUAUUAUGUAGAGGCAAGUUUUUUCAAUGAAUAUAUUCAUAUGGGAUACAAAGUAAAUUCAGUAAAUAUGAAUUUCAAUAAUAAAAAUGUUACCUCUACAUUUGGUUUUACUACGGCUGGUGGUAGUUCAAUCAAAGUGUCUCAUACAGCAUUAUCGAAAGCACAGCAACUUUUUAAAGACGAAUUAAAUGAAACUGUCAAAGAUGAAGAAGCAUCGAAAUUUCAAAUUCAAACCAAGAUACCUGAUGCGAAAGUAGAAAAUACUGGAUUUCAAAUGUUAAAUGGUGAAUCUCUUGAGACAAGGAAUGGAGCAUUAUUAAAAGGAGUAUUACAUUCUGCAAAAAUCAUAGAUAAUAAGAAAAAUGCCAUUGUCCCUUCUGGAUUCAAAACCGCUAGUGGCAGAUCAAUUGAUAUUUCUGAUGAAGUCUUGUCAAAAGCAGUUCAACAAUUUGAAGAUAACAUAGAGGCACAGACUAAUGAAUUUAAUAUGUGUGAAAUCAAUAAUAAAUUUCAAAUCACAGACGAAAUGUUAUUUCAUAAAGAAACCAUAGAGAGUUCAAUAAAUGCAAUGCCUUUGAUAGGUUUUAGUACUGCAGGAGGUAGUUCAAUUAAUGUUUCCAAAAAAGCUUUGACAAAAGCAAAGCAGUUAUUUGCAAAUGAUUUAGAGGAUGCACAUGAAUUUGAAGACAUGCAUGUAGUUGAAGAACAGUUGAACAAACAAGAAAUACAAGUUAAAAACAUUGGGUUUCAAACUGCAAGUGGUCAGGAUAUGAAUAUCUCAGAGGAAGCUUUAUUAAAAGCAAAAACAUUGUUUAAUGAAGAAACCUUGGAAGAUUUUGAAAGUAGUACCUUUUUAACUAAAUCUUUGCAGAAACGCAAAAUAAAAGAUUUAGAUGAGGAUGUUCCGGUAAAUAAACAAGUACCAUCUAAUCAGUUUAAAAAGUUACGAUUUAGUGGACAGUUUGAAAUUCAAAGAAAUGUUCACAAGAAUGUAACAAAUACUGAAAAUCAAAAUCAUGCAGUUCCUUCAAAAUCAAUUGAAAUUUCAAUUGCAACCAAUGAUGUUGAUAAAUUAGUUGAUAAUAUCCAACAGAGUGAAAUGAAUUCAGAGAAUAAUGAAAUAGAUGAUAAUUGCUUGAUUUCACAUGAAAUUAUAGAGAGUGCAGCUGCACUUUUAGCAGAUGAAAAAAGUUCAGAUUCCUGUGAGCAAUGGAUUUCACCCGUAGAAAAUAUGGAGAAUAGAGAUGUUUUAAAUGUACCAUCUAGUCCUGUAAUAGGUGGACAAUUUAUUCCUAAAAAGCGAAAAAGUAUAAUGAAAGGUAAAAAAAAGAAAAGUCUCAAUGGCUUGAAGAAUAAAAAGCAUAAAUCUGUCCACAUAGAGGAAUCAGAACAAUUAAACGAUAAUUGUGUAAACUCAAAUCAUUGUAUGAAAGAAGAAACUGAUUUAUUAACAGAAAAGCAAGAAUUCACAAAUAAAGAAGAGAAAGUUGUUAGUGAUUUUGGUGACACGCAAUUAAUGAUGUUCUUCAUGGAUGAAUCUGCAAAUAUCUUAGAAAAACGUUUAGAAGCUGGCUUAGAACAAGAUAGACAGAUCAAGUUGAAAGAGACUAAUAAACCAAAGCCAACAAUUAGUGUACUAUAUUUCCAUAGGAAAACUAAUCGUAAUAAUCGUGUAUCUUGGAGAGAAAUUAGUAAAGGGGGUACACCUAUUCUAUGUACAUAUGAAGAGCUUGUUAAACGAAAAUUUCCACCAGAAAUUUUGGAUGUAACAGCUGAUAAUGCAGAAGAAUACAAAUUUCAGUGUAAAGAUUUUUAUGAGCAAGAUAUAGUACAAAAUAAUAUUGAGGGUAUACAACUGGAAGAUGGAGCACAUUUGAUUCUAGAUGAAAAUGGUUAUGUAGGGAUAACAAAUAUUAGGAGAUCUUUUUUAGCAAGUCCAGGAGUGGAUCCUAAGUUGAUUCCUACUGGAUGGGUGGAAAAUCAUUAUAAGUGGAUUGUAUGGAAGUUAGCAUCAAUGGACAGAAUAAAAUUUACUUCAGUUACUUUGCCAAGAGCAUUGACUCCUGCUAGAGUAAUGAUGGAAUUAAAAUAUCGUUAUGAUCGGGAAAUUGACAGAUCUGAAAGAUCUGCUUUAAGAAAAAUUUUAGAAAAAGAUGAUGUGGCAUCUAAGAGGAUAGUUUUGUGUGUAUCAUGUAUUUCUGAUUGUGAGGAUACUGCCAUUUUAAAUCAAAGUUCAGCUCAGUUGAAAACAUCAUCAAAAAAAGUAGUGUUGACGGAUGGAUGGUAUAGUGUUCAAGCAUUUAUUGAUCAAGCAAUGAUUCAAAAUGUAAUAUCUGGUAAAGUAAAAGAAGGGACAAAAUUAAUGAUAUACGGAUCUGAAUUAUUAAAUAGUGAUCAAGGAUGUUCACCCUUAGAAGUCCCAGAAAAUGUAUGUUUAAAAAUACAUACAAAUUCUACGAGAAGAGCAAGGUGGGAUACAAAAUUGGGAUAUAUAGCACCUUCGGGGCCAAUGUGUAUUAAAUUAAAAAGUAUUUGCCCUAAGGGUGGUUUAAUUGGGAAAAUUAAAGUUUUAAUUGCGAGAGUAUAUCCAAUUCUGUAUUACGAGAAAACUGCAAGUGGAGAAUCCAUUUUCCGUAAUGCGAGAUGUGAAGAGAAAGCUAAUAUUGCUUAUGAAAAGGAAUAUCGAUCGAUAAUAGAGGCAUUUUACACCAAAGCAGAGACAAAUUUUUCUACAAGAAGAAGAAAAAAUGUUUCAAAUCCAGAUAGUAUUGAUUUAGCAGCAAUUGAUUUGGAUGAAGAUUGUGAAAGAUUGUCAAAAAAGGAAUUUAUUACAAAACAAGAACAAGAGCAACUAAUAAAUAAAUGUCGCAUGAAAGAAGAAAGCUUAAGGCAAAAAUUGGAAUCUCGAUUGCAAGAAAGUUUACCACCGCCACGACAAGUGACACCAGUUUUAAAAAUUCGAGUUAUUGAAGAAGAGUCAAGCGCUAUUCUUUCAAUUUGGUCUCCUAAUGAAGAACUUCCAGAUAUUCUAAAAGAAGGAAAUUACGUAUCGAUUUGUAAUAUUACGUCUUUGGCGAAAAGGGGUAAUGAGUCGCAAUUAAGUACAAGUCGAAAUACAUUAUUUAAUCGAAUAAAUGAUUCUAAUAUAAUUUAUCCUCGGAGAAUUUAUACAGCAUUAUGUGAUAUAAAUAAAUCCACCUUUGCUCCAACUUAUGGAGAAUUUGAUACUGUGGGAAUUGUUGUUUCUAUUGGCAAUGAACCAAAUGGUAUGAAAAAUUUUGAAAGUGUAUAUUUCGCGUAUCCAUCUACGAAUUCUGAGUCUUCGUAUUUGUCAGUACUGUUUUGGAAUGGGAUAGCCACUCACGGAUAUGCCGAAAUUUUGACUGUGGGAUCUUUCGUUGCUUGUAGUAAUUUAGAAUGGCGACGAGCUACAUCGUGGAAUAUACCAAUAGCCUAUUGCACAGAACGAAGUACUUUCACGCGAAAUCCUCGGCAAAAUCAUCUUCAACAACCAUUCGAAGAUUUAAAGCGCUUGAUUAUGGACAAUAAUACAUAUAUAACUAAAUGUGCGGCAGAAAUUUUAGAAGAAGCUCCAAAAAAAUCUAUAACUAGAAUGUCGGAUCACUAUACGCCAGAUAGGAAUAUUGACAAAUUUUUAUCGAAAGAAAAUAGUAAUUACUCAUUGCCAGAACUUUCACGAAGGAGUUUAACAAAUAAUGAAACAGUAAAAUCUGCUUCCAUACAAAGGCGACUUGAAAAACUACAAUAUUAUGGUGAACCAUCAAGUCUAUCUCCAAUUGUGCUCAAAAAUAGCUCGAAGCGUGUAUUAUUAGAUUUUCAAUCCCCUGUUCGAUCAUCAAGUGCGAAACCAGAAAAAGCUCAGAUAUCAUUAAGUACAAAAUUUGCACAAAAUCCCAGAUGAUAAUUUAUAUAUCUUCAAGUGUUAGGUAUUUAUCAAAUGAUUGGAUUGUUGUUAAUUUAAUAUCCAAUGGAAUGUAUAAACUAUUUAUAAUAUUUUGUGUAUAAUAAAUUAUUUGUUAAACUUUCAUGGUA